AUGAAUCCUCAAAAUCAUCAUCACCAUCAAUUCUCACCCCUUCUUUACCACACUACCAUUAUUCUCACUAUGUCAUCAUCAUCAUCCUCAUCAUUAUCAUCAUCAUCCUCAUCAUCAUCAUCAGCACUUAACAACAACAACAACAACAACAACAACAGCAACAACAACAACAACAAU